GCAAAACCGCAAGGGAUUCUGGGACUUUUAGUUCUAAAUGGCGGGCUGUUUUGUUGAAAACACAACGAAGAAAACUAGUAGAUACGUGCCUGCUUUAAAAAAAAUAUUUUUUUCGAAUUUAUCACACUAUAUAUUUUAUUUGUGUUUAUUCGAGGUAUAAUUGUGCGUAUGAAGCCGUGGCAUUGCAAAAAAGCUGGUUCGGUUCGGUGGAAAAUAAACAGGAAGUUGUUAGCAAUUGUGGGACGUGUAGUUCCGGCAGCAGGCCGCUGAAGGAGACGCUGCACAGGAUAAAGAAAGGCUAUUAAAAUAGUCUUAAUUGGUCCUGUGGGUUGCUUUUUUUUGGACUUGGCGCGGGUGUUAAAAUGCCUGGGUUCACCUGCUGUGUCCCGGGCUGCUACAGCAACUCUCACCGGGACCGGGACUUACGCUUCUACACGUUUCCAAAAGACAACACGCUCAGGGAGCUGUGGCUGAGGAACAUCUCCCGGGCCGGGGUCAGUGGUUGCUUUAGCACCUUCCAGCCCACCACGGGUCACCGUGUCUGCAGUGUGCACUUCGUAGGCGGGAGGAAAACCUACACCAUCCGAGUACCGUCGCUUUUCCCUCUGAGGGGUGUGAACGAGCGCAGAAGUCGACGCGGAUGUUCCAAGAGGGUGUCGACAGCCGCUCCUGGAACCCCCGCCGCCGCUGCAGCCACCACCGGGAUUGUCAUCAACACCGUGCUGGGCAACACGGCCGAGGGCGCCGACGCCCUCGCCACCGGCGACAGCAUUACGGUGGUUCAGAUCGGCCAAAACGGGGAGUACAUCGGCACGGCGCGGCUGCCCGUGGCAACAGAGGGGUCGUACACCGCGCCCAUUGGCGACGCCAGCGAAUUAACCGCCGACGACUCCUCCGCUGAGGGAAAGCAGCCGCCGGUGCAAUACGUCAGCGUCACCAGCAGCCCGCUGGACCACUCGUAUUCGCUGACCACCGGCACCACGUCCACCGAGCUUCUGCGCAAACUCAACGAGCAGCGAGAUAUCAUUGCCCUCAUGGAGGUGAAGAUGAAGGAAAUGAAAGCCACCAUCCGCCAGCUCAGGGUGGUGGAGGCCAAGCUGCAGGAGGAGGUGCGGGACCGCGACCGGCUGCUGUGCGGCAACGCGGCGGCCCUGAAGAAGAUAUAAUAUACGAACUCGUCUAGACAUAAGGACAGAGGAUGAGGAUUUGUACACAAAUAUUGUAUUUUCAACAAGUACAGAGCUGAUUUUCAUAGCCCUGGUGCGUAAAGAUGUCUAGUUGGGUAGUUGCAGGAAAGUUGACCUGUUGCGCAAUCGUUGUCACCAACUGCUAUUCCAUCCUCCACAAACUCACAACUUUGCAUAUUGCAAAUAUAGACUAACAAUCAUGUCGGUCCGUCAGGAAGGUUGCAUUCUUAAGAUGUGUUCUUUAUUUUUGUGAAUUAAUCGCAUUUGUUGCUGCAGGUCGCUGGCAUAUGGUAAACAAAAACACAUGGUUAGAGCUGCAACCAUUAAUCGGUUGAAUCGAUUAAUUCGAUGUAUAAUCUGUUGCUGUUAUUAAUCGUUUAAUGAGUGUAAUUUGUAAAAAACAAAACAAUCAUCCAGACCACAUUGGAGUGCCCUGAAAUGAAAUACAUGAUGAGAAAAACAAUAGAGCACAUUAGAGGGGUGGCGUGUGCGUGCUGGAAUCUGUGUGGUGGAUAACAGCGUUUUUAAAUGUUUUAAAAUCAUUCAUUCAAACAAUGUUAAGCAUAUAAUAUAUUUUUAUUUCAACCAUUUCCCCUAAAACGCAUUGAGGCAAUAACGUGUGUUUUGCCCAAUUACUCAAUUGAUCGAAGACAGUAAUCCAUAAAUUAGUGCACUUCCAAGCACAGUCGAUAGCUUCAGUACUAUAAAUGGUAUCUGAUGGCAAAACGCCCUUUUUUGGCAUUCUUAAUGACAUCUAAAACAUAUCACAGCCUUUUUUUUUAAAUUCGGGUGUGGUUGCAACAUGCUAACAUACAACUUGUUUCUAUCAUAAGUGCGUGUGUUUGUGCGAUGGAUGCAUUUAAUGUGCUUGUUUGUGCUCGGAUGUUUUCAAACUCAUACAAUAGAAAUAUUAGUGACUGAUUUUCUCUGUUUCUCGCAACAUGUGCUCUAAAUGCACAAUAUGUUACAUGAACACAUUUCUGAUCUCUAGACUGACAUUUGUGCCCAGCUUUCACAUUGAAGUAAAUGCCAUUUUGAAAUAGAUCUGUUUCAUGCAAGUUAUUUCAGAUCCUUUGCCUAAACUUUGCAGCUGUAAAGACAAACCUGCACAGCAAAUUGUGAUCAACCUGUGCUGUAUUUUCAACAUGCUUCAGCGUUUCUAUACAAUUCUAUAACAGCACAUUUAAGUGUAUUUUUAUGUUGUAGUAAUGUGUUUCCCUUUGUGCAGGUUCAUGUGGAGAUGGUGUUGUUGUUGCAACAUUGUUUCCUCCCUGUAGGUGGCAGUAACCUCUGAGCAUCUUGGAUGGUCUUUCACUUGAUGGUUCUCAUGUGGAAGUGUUGACAUGGUAAAUAUACAACAAGUUAGUGUCCUGUUCUUUACACUUGGACUGAAGUGGUUUUUGAUUGAUUGAUUGAGACUUUUAUUAGUAGGUUGCACAGUGAAGUACAUAUUCCGUACAAUUGACCACUAAAUGGUAACGCCCGAAUAAGUUUUUCAACUUGUUUAAGUCGGGGUCCAAUUGAUAAUAAAUAAAUGGGUUGUACUUGUAUAGCGCUUUUCUACCUUCAAGGUACUCAAAGCGCUUUGACACUACUUCCACAUUUACCCAUUCACACACACAUUCACACACUGAUGGAGGGAGCUGCCAUGCAAGGCGCUAACCAGCACCCAUCAGGAGCAAGGGUGAAGUGUCUUGCUCAGGACAUGACGAGGUUGGUACGAGGUGGGGAUUGAACCAGGGACCCUCGGGUUGCGCACGGCCACUCUUCCACUGCGCCAUGCCAAUUGAUUCAAUGUUUAAACACCAGUCAUGAAAAUAGUACGUGUCAAGAGGAAAGCUACCAAGAGACGUAUGACACGGGUAUUGACGAGAGAGAGAUGACUCAGACUUGUAAUCUCAUCUGGAUUUAUUCUGUAUUUUUUCACUUCCAACCCGUGUUGCAUAAUGCCUUAAUCCAAGCACAGUCAAUCACAUUUACCCAACUCUUACCUUCAUUCUCAAUGGCAGCCAUUGUUGCACUCCAACCCUUUACGUUCAGCCCCAAUAAAAAUA